CCGAGCAAUGAGCAGCGUACUCGUCGUUGCUAUGGUAACGCCGUGUUAAACUCGAGCAGAAAAUGAGACUGAAACGACUCCACAUUCGUUACUAUCCUCCAGGUAUAAUACUGGACUAUGAGAAAGGAGGACAGGACAGAAGCAGAUGCAUCGACCUGCUGCACUUAACGCCAAACACGGAUGUGAAUGAGAUGCUAUCAGAAAUCAGAAGAAUCGAGCCAUUAAUCACUGAUUCACGUACCGAUCAGGUGAAAGUGCUCAUUAAACGAUUACAAGACAAACUCAGCCAACCAGAUGAACGCAGAUUUUACCUGUUCAAGGUGCUUCAGGCUCACAUCCUGCCUCUUACCAAUGUCGCCUUCAAUAAAUCAGGGUCGAGUUUCAUAACCGGGAGCUAUGACAGAACAUGUAAAAUAUGGGACACUGUGUCUGGCGAGGAGCUGCACACACUGGAAGGGCAUAGAAAUGUUGUUUAUGCCAUCGCAUUUAAUAACCCCUAUGGAGAUAAAAUAGCUACAGGCUCCUUUGAUAAGACUUGCAAAUUAUGGAGCGCCGAGACUGGAAAGUGUUUCUACACAUUUAGAGGACACACAGCGGAAAUUGUCUGUGUAACCUUCAACCCCCAGAGUACCCUGGUUGCCACAGGCAGCAUGGACACUACAGCUAAAUUAUGGGAUGUGGAGAGUGGUAAAGAGGUUUCCACCCUAGCAGGUCACUCUGCUGAGAUAAUCUCUCUCUCGUUCAACACAGUUGGCAAUCGUUUAGUGACUGGGUCAUUCGAUCACACACUUACACUUUGGGAUGUACCAUCAGGGAGGCGAAUACACACUCUGAUAGGGCACAGGGGGGAAAUCAGUAGUGUGCACUUCAACUGGGAUUGUUCCCUCAUUGUCUCUGCCUCUAUGGACAAAAGCUGCAAGGUGUGGGAUGCUGAGAGAGGCAAAUGUUUGGUGACCUUAAUUGGCCAUGAUGAUGAGGUGCUGGACGUUUGCUUUAAUUAUACUGGUCAGCUCAUCGCAACUGCGUCAGCCGAUGGUACUUCCAGGAUAUUUAAUGCAGAAACGUUCCAGUGUGUCUGUAAACUUGAGGGUCAUGAAGGAGAGAUAUCUAAGGUGUGCUUUAACCCACAGGGGACACGUGUAUUAACAGCAAGUGCAGACAGAACAGCACGUGUGUGGUCUGUGAACUCUGGCACAUGUCUGCAGGUUUUAGAGGGACACACCGAUGAGAUCUUCUCCUGCGCCUUUAACUAUGAAGGAGACACUAUUAUUACAGGUAGUAAAGAUAAUACCUGUCGGAUCUGGCGUUGAGACACACACAAAGAGAGCAAACUUCAGUAUUAACUAACACAUUUGAACAUGUUGUUCUCUUCAGCCUUCUACAUUUACAUUUACAGCAUUUAGCAGACACCCUUAUCCAGAGCGACUUACAUUUUAUCUCAUUUUUAUACAACUGAGCAAUUGAGGGUUAAGGGCCUUGCUCAGGGGCCCAGCAGUGGCAGCUUGGUGGAUGUAGGAAUCGAACUCACAACCUUCCGCUUGGUAACCCAACACCUUAACCACUAAGCUACCACAUCCCCCAUCCCCCAUCCUUCUAACUUGCAUAUAACGGUUGACUUAAAGUGCUGAGAAUCUGCUCACACUUACAUACGCACACACUAGCUGUGUAUGAAAUCCUUUUGUGAAAUAUUUUUGUAUCUCCUGUUCACACAGCAUUUGCUUCACUAUUUGAUUUUUUUCCACUUGUGAAAACACUAACAUACCCGAGCAUCAGGUGCCUACCAACAAUCAAUAGUAAAAUACGCGUAGGAGUAAUUACUAGAUUUAAGUGAAAUGAUCUUAGAAAAUUUUCUAUUUCUCAUCAUUUAUUUAGACUUAUAAUACUCUUUUAAACUCCUGAUUGGAAGCAAGCAGGAAAUAAGCUGAAUCAGUCUGUCAGGUUUAAAAGUACAUUUGGUGUGUCUAAAACUGAGCUGCCUUGAUGCCUUGCUGCUUGUGCUGUUGCAGAAUAUAUCAUCACAAAGUCCAUUACACAAGAUGAAAUAACAUAUCAGUGUGGAAAAAACAGAAAAUAGUGAGUAUGCUAUAAUUAUAUCAGGCAUUUCUUACUUAAAAUUAAAUAUAGCAAAAAUGUUAUAUAACAAUAAAACAAUGGUCAUGUGUUUUCUGCCACAGUUGUUUAUAGCCUGGCUGCUGGAUUAUAAGAUAUGUAGGACAUUGAAAAUUAGAUUUUCUCACCAGCUGCCAUAAAAUGCAUCAGCUACAGAUCAGGAACAUCACUUAAUGAUCACACCUAACAGCAAAAAGUGGAAGAAUGUGAUUUUAGUGACUUUAACCGUGGAAUGGUUGUUAGUGACGGGUGAACUGGUUUGAGUAUUUCAGAAACGACUGAUUUUCAUGCACAACAGUUUCUAGAGUCCACACAAAAUGGUGUGAGAAACCGUGAGCAUCAGUUUUGUAGUUUGAAGCAUUUUCACCAGACUGGUUGGAGCUGGUGGGAAGGCUAGGGUAACUCAGCUGUAAGGCUAGGUUAACUUAAAUAACUACUCUUUACAACAGAUUGAAAAAGAAGUUUAGAAAGAAAACAAGAAGUGGUGCAAUAUAUAUCAAUGCUACUAUUGCUCAAUUCAAUGAGAUUACAUUUUUCUCCAUUUUGAACCUUGCGACCUGUAUCUACAUGAUUUUAUGCACAACACUGCUGCUACAUAAUAAGAUACCUGCAUAAAUUAAGAGUGAUAUGGAAGUUCCUAUUAAAGAGGCUGGUGAGUGUAUAUGCUGCCUUCUGAAUACAGCCUUACAAGGCAGCGGUUUUAUGUUUCAGACACACCCUUAGCCUUAGAAAGUGAUGAUGAUGUCUACAUAUAAUGCUUUACCACCGUAUUGUUUCAUUGUUUAGAUUAUUUGGUAUACAUGCCUGUAUGUUCUGCUUCCGGAUCUGUUGGCUUUAAUUCAUCAAGGUACUGACAAACUUCACUUAAGAGUUCUUGUUUAAGCAAAGCAUAUACUAAAUACUAAAGCAAUCAGCAUUUAUGAAGUUAUGCAUAGUAAUAGGAAUGAUGAAAUGCUCAGCAAUAUUUUUACUCUGGAUGCAAAUAUUGUCCUAGUAUAUGUUACUACACACAUUAUAAUACUAACUUUAACUACUGGGCACUACUCCACAGGUAGCUGUAGUGAAUAAUGUGGGCAAUAUGGGUACAAAGAGUUCAACGUAUUGUAAUUUCAAUGUGUGUAUUAAAAAAUUAUUU